AUGUGGUUAAUAAGUAUCUGUACAGUCCACCUGUGAAAGACCACAGCUGGUUUAUCUGCACACACAGCCGCCAUGAAGCUGCGUCUCUCUGUCUGCGUCCUGCUGCUGCUUUGUGCUGCAGAAAACUCAAGUGGAGGGAAGAUUUUGGUGUGGUACAGUGAUAACAGCCACUGGAUCAACAUGAAGCUGGUACUGGAAACUCUGGUGGACAGAGGACACCAGGUGACGGUCCUGGUCCCGAGCACAUCACUGUUCAUGAACAGCAGCGAACCGUCUCGCUUCCAGUACCAACCUUUUAACGUCGACGUCUCAUUUGAAGAUUUAGAAAAGAUUUUUGAAACUAUUAUUCACUUCUUCGUGUAUGAGAUGGAUUUUAUGAACCCCUUAGAAAUUUACAUAAAAUUUUAUAAUUUAAUGAAGAACAAUAAGAACAUUACUUUUAAGUUUUUGGAUGGCGUUCUGAAAUCAGAACCCAUCAUGAAGAAGCUGAAGGAGGGAAACUACGACCUGUUAUUUGCUGAUCCGAUCUACGCCGGCAGCGACCUGACUGCGGACAUUUUGGGAAUUCCUCUCGUCUUUUCUUUGUGUUUUUCCUUGGCAAACAACUGGGAGAGGAUGUGUGGUCAGCUGCCUUCUCCACCCUCCUUCGUCCCCGGUGCUGCUAGCAAACUCACAGACAAGAUGGACUUCUCAGAGAGACUGUCGAACUUCUUCUUCUACGCUCUGCAGGACGUCAUGAUGGAUCAAAUAAUGUGGAAAGAAGUUGACGAAUAUUACUCUGAAAUCAGAGGAACACCCACCAGCGCCUGUGAGUUGAUGGGAAAGGCGGAUAUCUGGUUGAUGAGAACCUACUGGGAUUUUGGUUUUCCUCGUCCACUCCUCCCCAACUUUAAAUUUGUUGGAGGGAUCCACUGCAAACCAGCUAAGCCUUUACCAGAGGAAAUGGAAAAGUUUGUCCAGAGCGCCGGAGAUGCUGGGAUCGUUGUUUUCUCUUUAGGAUCGAUGGUUAAGAACCUCACCACAGAGAAAGCGAACAUGAUCGCCUCAGCGCUCGCUCAGCUUCCACAAAAGGUGCUGUGGGGAUACAGUGGACAGAAACCCCAGACUCUGGGUUCCAACACCAGAAUAUACAACUGGAUCCCACAAAACGACCUGCUGGGUCAUCCUAAAACCAAAGUUUUCAUCACUCAUGGUGGAGCAAACGGGAUCUAUGAGGCCAUCUACCACGGCGUUCCCAUGGUGGGAAUCCCCAUGUUUGCUGACCAGCCAGACAACAUGGUGCACAUGGACGCCAAAGGAGCUGCAAUUACUGUUAAACUGAACUUUAUGACUAUUGAGAGCCUCAGAGACGCCGUAAACAUGGUCAUCAACAACAAAUUCUACAAAGAAAACAUGAUGCGACUGUCCAGAAUCCACCAUGACAGACCCAUGAGUCCUCGGGACGAGGCCGUCUUCUGGAUCGAGUUCACCGUGAGGAACAAAGGAGCCAAACACCUGAGAGUCCAGGCCCACGAACUCACCUGGUACCAGUACCACAGCCUGGACAUCCUAGCCUUCCUCCUUAUUAUAGAUCUGCUCCUCAUCUUCAUCCUCUUCAAAACCUGCAGCUUCUGUUUCAAGAGAUGCUGCAGCAGAAAACAGACAAAGAGAAAAGCUGAAUAACAGACUGAAGUGAGAUCUACUGCUCAGGUGCUUUUCUAACAUAAAGUAUUUCCAGGUGUUCAUGGA